CCUCAAUCGAGCCGGUUCGCGCUUGGCUAUCAGCCCUCGUAAUCGCGAACUGCAGCGUUCAUUCCACCGACAUGGCGGACCCGAACGCAAAACAAACCAACCAGAAAAGUGUCAGAAUAGCUGCAGGUGCAGUGGUCUGUGUGGAGAGUGAAAUAAGAGGAGAUGUGACGAUUGGGCCGAGGACGGUGGUUCACCCCAAAGCCCGUAUUAUUGCAGAGGCCGGUCCCAUCAUCAUAGGAGAAGGCAACCUGAUAGAGGAGCAGGCUCUCAUCAUUAACAGCUAUCCUGAAAACAUCAUGCCUGACACAGAGGGAGUCGAACCCAAGACAAUGACGAUAGGCGUCAACAAUGUUUUUGAAGUUGGCUGUGUUUCUCAGGCACUGAAAAUCGGGGACAACAAUGUCAUUGAAUCUAAAGCUGACGUGGGGAGGAAUGUGAUUCUGACGAGUGGGUGUAUUAUCGGGUCGUGCUGUCAGGUGAACACCUGUGAGGUGAUUCCAGAGAACACGGUUAUCUACGGCUCCGGCUGCAUGCGGCGUGUUCAGACAGAGAGACCACAGCCUCAGACGCUGCAGCUGGACUUCCUGAUGAAGAUUUUACCCAACUACCACCAUCUGAAGAAAACGGUGAAGGGGAACUCCACUCCUGCGAGAAGCUGAACAGUACAGUUUACACUAGAGAGCUGCACUGGUGAUAAUACAAACAAAUGGUCCAUGCUUGAAUCUCGUAGUUUCUUUAUUCCUUAGUUCAUUGCUCAGUAGUCACUGUAACAUAAAUGGUCCAUGCUUGGAUCUAGCAUUUCCUUUAUUUGUAUUAUUUCAUUGCUUAAUUGUCACUACAAGAUCUGUUUGUCACCUUCUGCCAUGUAUUUUUCUUUGUAUUUAUUGUUGCCUGAUAUUAAAGGCUUUCUCAUCCAGUUAUCCUGA